AUGGUACGGAAGCAACAUCGUCGACUAUCAUGCUACAAAAUUAUGAUUCUAUUAGGUAUCAUCGAUAUGUGUGCACUGUCGUUGAAUUCUGUCCUCAGUGGAUACUUAUGGUUGAUAGGAGCCAAUUAUUGCAUGUACCCAACAACCAUUUUUGCGGCAGGAUCUGUGGCACUAGGUGAGCUUUUGAUUUCACUGAUUCAGAAUGCAAGGCUCCAUUCUUGA